AUGGUGCACUACACGGCAGUGAUCAGGUCGCUGUGCCUGACAGAUCAGAAUGAAGUCGCAGGGGAGGUCUUCCGGGUUAUGCAACGGCACAACUUUGAACCAGACAUGAUCAUGUGGUCUACUCUGUUAGACGGAGGAAAGCGAGCUCUUUCGCCGUCGAGUAUCGAAUCUGCCGUCAUAGGAGCUGUCGAGGGCAACGAGAUCGAUGUUCCCUUCUUCAACGACCUACUGAUGUGCCUGCUCCACUUCUGCAAGUGGACGCCCGGUGUCAUGCCGGCCUUUGGGCCAAUGUUACACUUCUACUCAAAGGUGUUCCAUUUGGCACCAUUGCAGGCUCUCCUUCCCGUGGACCUGUCAAUGUACCUCGAGGGCCAAGAAGGCCUGCAGAUGCCAGCGGAUUGGGAGUUGGCUCGACAAUUGUUUCCUGCACUUGACAGGGCCAUGUCCGCGGUCCAUGAGAAGAUGGAACCGACGAGUGCAACCCUGAGCAUCAUGUUCCUCGCAUACGUGAGGAGCAUGUCACAGCCCAUCAACCUCAUUUCACUCUACGCGUAUCUCAGACAGGAGAUCCUGAAGGGCAGCCCCGGCGCCACCAAGCUGGUGCAGGAGAAGGGGUCAUUCAUGUACGACGUCCUUAUCAAGGCGCUCUGCAAAUAUCCAGGCAUGCUACGUGCCGCGUUGGAUAUCGUCGGCGACAUGCUCAAGUACACGCUCGAAGAGCGGAGCAGAGCAGCCGACGCAGCGAAGCAAUCUUCAAAGCGGAGAAGGGACAGCAGGGGGACUGAGGUCAAGGAGACCGAGGUUCAACCGACUGGGGCUCAAGAUAGACAAGCACCGGAGAGCAAAGUCCCGCAGAGCGAUAUCAAGGAGACUGACGUUUCUCCCGCGCCACUGCACCCUGCUCCAAGCGUCUACACCUGGAGCAUCCUCCUGCACGGCUUCAGUAAGGAAAAGGGCUCCGGGGAGCGAAUCCUCGCCCAAAUGCGUCAGCACGGCGUCGAGCCGAACCUGGUCACCUGGAACACCCUGAUCGCGGGCUACGCCAGGGCCCAGGACGUCAACAAGACGGUGCUGUCCCUCCAGCGCCUCGAGGCCUCGGGCCACGAGGCGGACGACUUUACGCUGCGGGCCUUUUCUCGGCUGGUCAACAGGGAGCUCGCGCUGAGGAAGAUGGAGGACGCUCUCACGCGGAGGGCGACGAGGGACGAGAUGAAGAGGCUUGAGGAGCAGAGGAUGGCUGAGCUGCCGCUUGGUCCUGAGGCGAAGGGGAGGCUGAGCGUGCUGUGA